AUGGACAGCCUGCUUUGCAAUGAGGUCUGGCUUAUGAGUCCUACUACUACUUCUGACAGAAAUGCAAAUAAACACCACUGCUAUGAAACAAAGAGCUGCGAUAUCAGUUACUUCUACACAACUAAAGAAGAUUGUGAAGACGCCUUUAGAAUUUGCUUGGAUAAGGAGCUCAGUUACAUGCCAGAAACUGGGGAUGGAAAUUUUGGGUGGUGGAACUACUAUCAGUCGCUUGUUUAUCCAUUGCCUCCAAAUUUGAUGGAAGGUCUGGACCAUUCAUUCCAACCGAGGCUGGUUGAAAGAAUGGAAUUAGCACUGUUAAAGGCCUUGGAAUGGAAACUUAAUUGUACAACAGCAUUUUCAUACUUUGAGCUUCUGACAUGGAAUCUUGUUGCCUCGAAGCCUCUCAUUCGUGAGGAACUAACUGCCCGAGUCAUUGAGCUGCUUCUCGAUGCGCUUUUAGGUAGAACACAUUAUCUCGAACCAAGCUAUUUUGAUGAUGGAAGGUCUGGACCAUUCAUUCCAACCGAGGCUGCAUUUUCAUACUUUGAGCUUCUGACAUGGAAUCUUGUUGCCUCGAAGCCUCUCAUUCGUGAGGAACUAACUGCCCGAGUCAUUGAGCUGCUUCUCGAUGCGCUUUUAGGUAGAACACAUUAUCUCGAACCAAGCUAUUUUGAUGAUUCUAAAUUCCUCGAGUUCAGGCCAUGUGUUAUUGCCAUAUCCGCACUACGAUGCGGAAUUGAAGAGAUGAUUCCAUCAACAAAUCAUGCUUAUGAACUCAUCAAUUUUACAUCUCUCAUUCCACAAGAUCAUCAAGAGGAUGUUCUAAUCAAGUGCCAUAAAAUCAUGGAAAAGCAUUUUUCUGAUCAAGUGAACAACUUGUUGACUCCUGGAGGCUCAUAUUACUACCCUUCAAGUCCAGUAACUGUAUUGACGACGCAGCCGGUUGACAUAGAUGAUUGCCACGUUGAUCUCUCUCUCUCUCUUUAA